GACGCGGUUACUCUUACACUGAACACCGUGAGUCGUAGACACGAAGUGCUUCUUUGUCCAGCCGCUGCAAAAGUGAUCGAAUCUCUAACGAAGCUACCAAGAAUCGAAGAAAAGGGAAAAAAUGGCGGCGAAGGCACCCGCGGUCGGUAUCGAUCUUGGCACGACCUACUCCUGCGUCGGGGUCUUCCAGCACGGCAAGGUCGAGAUCAUCGCCAACGACCAGGGAAAUCGCACGACGCCUAGCUAUGUGGCCUUCACCGAGACUGAGCGGCUCAUCGGGGAUGCCGCCAAGAACCAAGUCGCCAUGAAUCCCAACAACACCAUUUUCGAUGCCAAGAGGCUAAUCGGACGUCGAUUCGAGGACCCGACCAUCCAGGCCGACAUGAAACACUGGCCGUUCACCGUGGUGAACGAUGGUGGCAAGCCAAAGAUCCAGGUACAAUACAAAGGAGAGACGAAGACUUUCUUCCCCGAGGAGGUGAGCUCGAUGGUUCUCGUGAAGAUGAAGGAAACCGCAGAGGCUUACCUGGGCAAGACCGUGACGAACGCCGUAAUCACCGUCCCCGCGUACUUCAACGACUCGCAGCGCCAGGCGACCAAGGACGCCGGCACCAUCUCGGGCCUGAACGUGCUGCGUAUCAUCAACGAGCCCACCGCAGCCGCGAUCGCCUACGGCCUCGACAAGAAGGCCACCGGCGAACGGAACGUUCUGAUCUUCGACCUGGGCGGUGGCACCUUCGACGUCUCCAUCCUGACGAUCGAGGACGGCAUCUUCGAGGUGAAGUCGACGGCCGGCGACACCCACCUCGGUGGCGAAGACUUCGACAACCGUAUGGUCAAUCACUUCGUCCAGGAGUUCAAGCGCAAGUACAAGAAGGACCUCACGUCGAACAAGCGCGCCCUGCGUCGUCUCCGCACUGCUUGCGAGCGGGCGAAGCGCACCCUAUCCUCCUCCACCCAGGCCAGCAUCGAGAUCGACUCGCUGUACGAGGGUAUCGACUUCUACACCUCCAUCACCCGGGCCCGAUUCGAGGAGCUCUGCGCCGACCUCUUCCGCGGCACCCUCGAGCCCGUGGAGAAGUCCCUGCGGGACGCGAAGAUGGACAAGGCUCAGAUCCACGACAUCGUCCUCGUCGGCGGCUCCACGCGAAUCCCGAAGAUCCAGAAGCUCCUCCAGGACUUCUUCAACGGCAAGGAGCUCAAUAAGUCCAUCAACCCCGACGAGGCUGUGGCCUACGGCGCAGCUGUCCAGGCCGCCAUCCUGCACGGCGACAAGUCCGAGGAAGUUCAGGACCUCCUGCUGCUCGACGUUACCCCGCUGUCCCUCGGUAUCGAAACUGCCGGUGGAGUCAUGACCGCGCUCAUCAAGAGGAACACGACGAUCCCGACGAAGCAGACCCAGACUUUCACCACCUACGCCGACAACCAGCCGGGUGUGUUGAUCCAGGUAUACGAGGGCGAGCGAGCGAUGACGAAGGACAACAAUUUGCUGGGCAAGUUCGAGCUCAGCGGGAUUCCCCCGGCUCCUCGCGGCGUGCCCCAGAUCGAGGUGACGUUCGACAUCGACGCGAACGGUAUCCUGAACGUCUCCGCCGUGGACAAGUCCACCGGGAAGGAGAACAAGAUCACGAUCACGAAUGACAAGGGCCGGCUGAGCAAGGAGGACAUCGAGAGGAUGGUGAACGAGGCGGAGAAGUACCGCAGCGAGGACGAGAAGCAGAAGGAGACGAUCGCGGCGAAGAACGGCCUGGAGUCCUACUGCUUCAACAUGAAGAGCACCGUCGAGGACGAGAAGCUCAAGGACAAGAUCAGCGCGAGCGACAAGCAGACGAUCCUGGACAAGUGCAACGAGAUUAUCAAGUGGCUGGACGCGAACCAGCUCGCUGACAAGGAGGAGUACGAGCACAAACAGAAGGAGCUCGAGGGUAUCUGCAACCCGAUCGUCACUAAGUUGUAUCAAGGCGCGGGCGGUAUGCCCGGCGGGAUGCCUGGAGGUUUCCCGGGCGCCGGUGGCGCCGCACCAGGUGGCGCGCCCAGCGGCGGCGGCGCGUCCGGACCCACCAUCGAGGAGGUCGACUAAGGGUGUCCCCCAGGAGGUCGUCGUCACCUUGUUACCUUUUUCGCGAUUCUCGCCACUGCCCACGUUGAAGCCAG